CUUCACUCACUGGUUCCUCACAGUAAAACCCGACCUGUGUGAAGACCAGAAAAUAGUCCAGCCUUUCACCAAUGAACACAAUGAGCGUGAAUUCAACCCUGUAUCAGUUAAGACAGGACAUGCUGGUAGUUGUGAGGUUUUCAUGUCCCCUCCCUUCCCCCUGUCCCUCCGUCCCUCAGGUCCGUCGCUGCUUUAGUCCUGUCGCCUUAAAACCGGCCGCCACGAUCCUUUCGCCCGCCACGGCCACACUUCUCACCUCACCCGUCUCACCUUCCGCAGAAAAAAGGCAGAAUCCUGGAACGUCUCGGUUUGUGUAGUCAAGUGAAGUUCAGUCGGUGGUUAAAUGACUUGAUGAUCCGCAAGCCACCAUGUCCUCCUGGUCUUCGCAUUAAGGACAUGAUCUUUGCCGGAGUGCCAGUGAGGGUUUAUGAGCCCACUGCAUCUACAGACCAGAAAAGAAGAGGGCUUAUGUACUUUCAUGGAGGAGGAUGGGUGCUUGGCAGCAUUGAUUUGUAUGAUAACAUUUGUCGGCACAUCGCAAAAGAAAGUGAAACCGUAGUCGUGUCUGUUGGUUACAGACUCGCACCCGAUCACAGGUUCCCUGCCCAUCUAGACGACUGCGAGUCUGCUACGCGUCAUUUCAUGUCCGUGACAUCUGAUUUUUGCGUGGACCCCUGCCGUGUGGCACUGGGUGGAGACAGCGCAGGUGGUAACCUGGCAGCCGCUCUUAGUCUGAGGUUUGCCAAGAACCAGGAUGGACAUCUGCCAUCUCCUUGUGGCCUGGUCCUCAUCUACCCAGGCCUGCAGAUGGCAGACUUCAACCUGCCCUCUUAUCAGCAGAACCAAUCUGUGCCCAUACUGUUUCGUACCCGAACAGUUUUCUACUACCUCCAGUACCUUAAUGGCGAUAUGUCUGUGUGCCAGGAUGUGCUAAAGGGCAGGCACGUUCCUGCUGAGCUAAAGCUGCACUACAGCAAGUGGCUGGACCCUGCAAACCUCCCGCCUGAGUUCCGGAUCGGCGCCGAAAAGCAGGUGGUGACCGAGCACGACGGUGAAGUCUACCACAUUGUUAAAGAUGGACUUAAUCCCGAGUUCUCACCUUUGCUGGCCGAGGACGAGGUUCUCCGCCUCACGCCACGCACUUUUAUUCUGACCUGCCAGUACGACGUGCUGAGGGAUGAUGGGAUUCUGUACCACAAGAGGCUGAAGGAUCUGGGGGUGGAGGUCACAUGGUACAAUGUGCCUGAUGGCUUCCAUGGGUUAAUUAAUUUCUUCAGAAACAGCGGGAUGAGCUUUGUUGCUGCAGAGAAGCCCAUGGAACAGAUUGUGAACUACAUAAAGACGCUCUAAAGCCUUGGACUUUCACUAUUCAAGUACAUACAGUAUAUUUUACAGAGCAUGGUAUAUGGCCAAAAGUAUGUGGACACCUCUUUUAACUAUAGAGUUUAGGCAUUUUAGCCACAUCAAUUGCAUAAAGUGAGCAAUUUAUGUGCCCAACAAACCCUAAUGGAAUGAAUUGGAACGUUGAUUUCGAGCCAGGCUGUUUCAUCUAACAGUGUCAGACCUCACAAAUACUCUUUAGACUGGGCAUACUCCAAAAUUCACUACCCAAGUGAAGGUGGUUGUAGCUUCAGGUGGGGUAAAGCAAUAUUAAUGCCCAUUUUUUUGGAAUAUGCUGUCCAACAAGCUCAUGCUCAGGUGUCCACAUAUAAUAAUAUAAUAACAUAAUAAAUAUAUUGUUUAAUUCAAAUUGUCAUGAAUGUUGUAUUGACCUGAAUGUGUACACUGAAGCAUUGUAUGAAAAAUAUGCAUUUCUAUAAAUAAAUAAAUAUAAAACAUUAUAUAACAAAAUAUAGUGCAAAUGUUAAUAGUUAAAAGGUUUUUUCUUUUUAUAUAUAUAAUAUAUUUUUGUUUAUGCAUUUUCUCCCCUUUUGUGGGGGAGAAAUAUGGAUCAGCACUGUGUACGGAGAGACACACCCUGACAGCACUCUUUUUCCCAUCUCUGUGCAGGUGCCAUCAAUCAGCCAGCAGAGGUCGUAAUUGCAUUAGUUAUGAGACAGUCCCUAUCCGACUUAAUAGCCCACCCCUAUCUGAACAACGGGCCAAUCGCUUCCGAACAAGCUGGGAUAUGUGAAGAAAGAAUUUCGUUGUACUGUACACGUGUAUAUGUAUAUAUGACAAAUAAAGGCAUUAUAUAUUGAA